AUGCAACGGCUGACGGCGGCUGUUUUCGCCUGUUUAAUUGGAGGAGUUCUUCUCGUCGCACCUGAUGCACCAUCUUUCGACAGUCUUCCAGCUGGGAUCGAUCCUUCCGUCAAGGUUUGUUGCUCUGAUCUUGUUGUAGUACAAUGCUCGUUUUAUAGGCUGGACCACCAGGAACUGAUGACAAGGCUUUGAUCAAAGUAGGAGAGGUCGCAGAGUCAAUUUUGGACAAACUUGGAUUCAGCACCAGAGACGAAAAGGAUAUCCGACGUGCUCCAGUCCCAAGCUCGUUCUUCGGAGUGAGUUCUGUUUCCUAAUGCCUGUGAGCAAUUAUAUCUUUCAGAGUGACGAUGUCAACCAAGUGAUCGAAGAGGCCAACGCAAACCGUGUUGAUCUGCAAGGAAUUACUUCUGGACAGAUCCCAGGACUUGCCCCGAUUCCAGUCCCAGGAUUCCCAGGACCACAGGACGCACCAGUCAUUCCAGGAGUCAAUACGAUUCCCGGACUGAGCAACUUCAACUACCUCGUCGGACAACUGUUCCCACAAAUGAUCCCACCAGCAAACACUCUUCUUGGAUCUUCCAUUAGCAGAAUUCUGCCAAAAGACACGGCCAAGAAUAUCGCCAAGGACGUAUUCAGAGCUGUCCAUCCAACUGCCGAAAAUGUUGAUACCGCCAGAAUGAUGGGAAGAUGGUUCCAGGUCAUCAACUCUCCACAUGUUAUUCGUGAGGCCUGCACCGUGUCACACUGUAAGCACAAAAAUAAUCACAAAGAAGUUCGUAUUCCUAAUUUUCAGUCGGAGCCCUGACCAACAACACCUACUCGGCUUCGUUCACCAUCCUCAAGUUCUACAGAGAAGGAAACCCGAACGGAUCCCCAAGAUAUGCCCUCGGAUACGGAUUCAAGUCCGGAGAGACUGGACAGUUUGUCCUUCACAACAGCAACUCUGCUGAUGCCGAGCCAUGUAAUAAUACAAACUAUUCUGGGACCAAAAUACCAUAAAAUUUCAGUCUGGGUGAUCAAAAUGGGACCACUGAAUGAGUACAAGCAGUACGACUACGCCAUUGUCUCCACCUGGGUCAGAUACCCAGUCUUCGUCAUUGCUCGUGAUCCAGAACGAUUCAGAAAACUUCACAUGAAGAACGUUCUCGAGUUCUUGCAGCAAAACAGUGCGUUUUCUCCCGAUUAAUCGUGGGCAGAUCUGUCAUACAAGUCUUUUUCAGACUACAUCAACGUUAUGACCAAGGCCUUCAACAUGAUCUCUCCAGUUGACUACGAAGCCUGCCAGUACACCCCAACAUUCUCUGGAACCGGAAAGUAA